GAGAAGAAACACGGCAACAUCAGACGCCGGUUGUCACAAAGAAGACAGGCAGGAAGUAUUGUUAGUGGCAGUAACGAUGGAGGAGUAUAACUCUGGAGAUGAUGUCCUCUUCAAUACUGAUGACAGCAGUGUCUUAGUGAAAGAGUGUAUUGAAGGUGUCAUUGGUGGAACAGAUUAUAACCAGAGUAAAGUGAACCAAUGGACGGCCAGUAUAGUGGAGCACUCCCUGACUCACCUGGUGAAACAAGGACGGCCGUUUAAAUACAUCGUGAACUGUACGAUCAUGCAGAAGAGUGGUGCCGGUCUUCACACAGCAAACUCCUGCUACUGGGACACUGCAACUGAUGGAAGCUGCACCGUCAGGUGGGAGAACCGCACCAUGUACUGUGUGGUCAGUGUGUUUGCUGUUGCUGUGGCGCUGUGAUGGAAACCCCGAGCUGCAGCCGCUCAUCAACACAUCGUCAGUCAUAAAGCUGUGCUUGAAAUGACAUUGUGACAGAAAGCCACAAGUAUCCUGUGAUGAAGCCCUUCCAGUAGAAGCUGAUUAUUUCUCUCCAAAGGCAGGAACAGCAGGUGUGGUUCGUGCAAAUGUUUGUGUGUGUGUGUUCACUUUUGUGUGGACUAAAGUCAUGUUUAGAACUUCUGUUUAAAAUGUACCUGACACACGUGGCAUUCAUAUGUUCUUUGGUCCAGGCAGAGAUUGUGAAGAAAGAUCUGAGUAUUUAUAAAUAACGUAACAUUUCCAUACAUGUAAGACAUUAUUCAUUUUUAGCCAUGUUAGCAGUAAAACUUUGAUAAGGGUGCGUUGUUUCUUUGGUUCAGAAGAAGCUUCUCAUUUAUGUUUUUGAUGUAACUUUUAUGUAAAAAAUUCUAACCUGUCAAGUUUUUUUAAUUUAUUUAUUUUAUUGACGACCAAAUACCUGGAACAGUUAUGAUGUCCUCAUCAGCCACAGUUGUACUUUGUGUUUACUUCUAAAUAUUAGCAUACCAAAUGUCAGAAUAACAGCACAUAAAGCUCAAAGCUUUUGAAUACAUUCCCAAAUAAAUAAAAUUUCCAGCUUAGGAAGUAUUUUACUGAAGUCUAACUGUUUUUUUUAAAUAAAUGAACCCUUUUCUGCUUGUUUAAAGAGUAACUAUCAGUAUUCAUAAAAAGUUUGAUAAUUUAUCUGUGUGGGGAGGACAGUGUGUAUUUAGUAGCUUGGUUGUCAUUUGACGAUAAACAUCGCCUCCAUGUACUGUUUAUCGGCAAAGUUCAAUAAAUACAUUUUUAUCAGCUGUAGUUUAAGUGCAAU